AGCACUGUGUUUGUGUUAUGUUGACAUCAUUUUGAGGUUAGCUUAGCUUUAUCGAACAAAAUAAUAUUCCUACUAUCAUCAAGUUUUGUAAUCAUCCACUUAUAAGUGAAGAGUUUCAAUAGCACCUACCUACAUCGGUUCGGUUUAUCAUGAAACCAUAUAAAUUACAUACUCAUCACCUGAUAGUAAAGCAUUGUGUGUUGUUUUGCGCUUUGUUAUGAGUAUCGGUAUCAGUGUUACAAAUUGUUGAAUAGGAGUGGGUUGAGUACAACGUUCAUUGGUACAUACUGUGUGCAUUGCAUUGUUGUCACUGAUAAGAAUCAGUUUUCAUUUUCAAGUUAGUAUUGAUUCAGCGCAUUUCUGAACAACUGAAUUCACUUGUAAUUUUAAAAUGAGUGACGUGAAAAUAGAUGAAGUACCGAUCACGGGAAUACCGAGUGAUAAACGUAUAACACAAAUAAAAAAUGAUUUCUUCGAAGAGUUUGGAACUAUGCCGCAAUUUAUCGUUAAAGUCCCAGGCCGGGUAAAUAUUAUUGGAGAACAUAUCGAUUACUGUGGAUAUCCGGUAUUGCCAUUAGCUCUAGAGCAAGAUAUAUUGAUUGGCGGGAAACCUAUUGAUGUGCAAGAGUUGCAUUUAAGAAAUACAAAUAAGAAAUAUAUUAAAUAUUCCACUAAAUUAUUAUCAUUUGAAGAUUUAGACAUAAAAGCUGAUGAAACCGGUAAACCUUAUUGGUAUAAUUACGUACUAUGUGGGAUCAAAGGAGCGAUUGAAUAUUUAAACAAUGAAAUAGUCGGUGGACUACAACUUUGCAUCGAUGGAAACAUACCACCAGCUUCAGGUUUGUCGAGUUCUUCUGCAUUAGUUAGCGCUGCGUGCCUUUCUUUUUUAUAUGCACAAAAAGUUUAUCCUAGUAAGACAGAAAUUGCUUCACUAUGCGCCAAAAGUGAGAGGUAUAUUGGCACUCAAGGUGGUGGAAUGGACCAAGCUAUAGCAUUUCUUGCUGAAAAAUAUAGUGCACAGUACAUAACCUUUGAUCCGCUUCAAGCUAAACCGGUAUCACUUCCAGAGAACGCUGUUUUUGUAGUGGCACACAGUUUAGCGGAAGCUAACAAAGCAGCAACCAAUGAUUUUAAUAGACGUGUCAUAGAAUGCAGAUUGGCUGCUAAAAUUUUGGCUGUUUCUAACGGUGCAUCUUUGGAUCAAAAGAUUAUAAAUCUCAGUCAAGUUCAAAAAAAUCUCAAUAAAAGCUUAGAUGAAAUGAUCAGUCUGGUGGAUGAAUUUCUAUGCAAAAAUAGUUAUACCAAAAACGAAGUAUGCGACAUGUUAAACAUAACUGAAAAGGAAUUGAAUGAUAUUUAUUUGACACCAAAUACGAAACACUUGUCUGAGUUUAAACUACGUCAGAGAGCUCUUCAUGUUUAUAAAGAGGCGAUGCGUGUUGAAUCUUUCCGGAAAAUUUGCGAAGAUAAUUUUUCCAAUGGCUCGUGUAAGAAUGGAACAAACGGUUCUAGCCACACUAAUGGAAACUCUGGUUCUCUUGAGCCCAUUAGUGUUCUUGGUACGCUAAUGACCGAAAGUCAUGAAAGUCUGAAGAAACUUUACGAAUGUUCACAUGUCAACUUAGAUCGUCUGGUAGAUAUAUCAAAAGCAAUGAAUGUUCAUUCACGCCUAACUGGAGCGGGCUGGGGAGGAUGUAUAGUAGCAUUAUGUCCAAAGGAAAUUGUUGAUAACUACAUAGAAACACUCGUUGAUAAGUUUUAUGUUCAGUAUUGUAAUAUAGAUAAGAAUGAGGCAUUAGCUUAUGUAUUUGCAACUACACCUAGCCACGGUGCUGUUAUUUAUAAAUGAUUAAAUAUCUUUGUAUUUUCUAGCAAUCAUCAAAAAUCAUUUUAUCAUAAGCAGAUAAACAUUAAUUCAGAAAUGAUGUAACAAAAGAAAAUAAUUAAUAGAGAAAUCAGAAAAAUGAAUAGGUAAAUUAAUCAAUUAUUAUAAACUUUCUAUCAACAAUAUGAAGUACCAAUGUCUUUUAAAAUUGCAUAGGUAAUUAUUUGUUUUAUAUAGUUACAACUUGUUUAUUUUUACAUAAAAAUAACGUGCCGUAUUUUAUAAUUUUGUUGCAAAAUCAAAUUAUAAUUUUAAAAAAUAGUUAUGUUAAAUUAAUUAAUAUUAUGUAACAUUAACUAGCAUUUGGGGCAAUUUUAUAGUUAUUCAUGGAUAUAAAAUAUCAUAAGAAAAUGCAAAGCAUUUAUUACAAUAUAUUUUAUAACUCAACCGGUUAUGUAUGAACUUAAUGUUCAAGAGCUAGAAUAUCAUCUACAUAAUUAUUGUUAUGAUGUCAGUCAUCUACAAAACAUAUACAUUUGCAUUUACUAAUUAUAAUUUUUAAACUGUUUCGAUCAUGUUUUAUAGCAUAUUGUAUUUAAUUUAUUUUUAUUUAUCAUCAUAAUAAAUAAAAUUAAAUAUUUUCAUGAUA